AUGUCAGUUGAAAACACUUCAAGGCCACUUGCACAAACAACUCUAAUGUCGUCCAUCAAUCAUGGUCAUACCAGUUGCGUUCUUUUGGGAACAGCAAAACUUUUAGCCUCCAACUCUAAUGGAAGAACAGUCGAGUGCAGAGCAGUAUUGGAUUCAGGUUCACAAAUAAAUAUUGUGACUGAACGACUGGCAUCCAGAUUGGGGCUGCAAGUAAGCUCCAGUUCGAUUUGCAUCGAAGGCAUAGGGAUAGGUAAAUUGAGUUCAAAAAGUCGUACAACACUUUCUGUGCAAUCAAAAGUGACCGAUUACAAAACAAUACUUGAAGCAUUUGUGUUGCCAAAAAUUGUAUCCAAUCAACCAUCGCAACACUUACAAAUUUCAAAUUGGAAUCUGCCCAAUAACAUCCAAUUAGCAGAUCCUACAUUCUAUAAGUCUGACAAAAUUGAUAUGUUGCUUGGAGCAGAAUUUUAUCAUCAACUCCUAAGUCCUGGUCAAAUACAACUUUCAAGGGAACUACCAAUUCUACAGAACACUGUGCUCGGAUGGAUCGUAUCUGGAAAAAUCCAAAAUGCUAACACAAUGAUUGCAACAUGUGGAAUAGCAUCAGAAGAUAGUUUAGAAAAUGUAAUAGAACAACUCUGGAAGGUUGAAGAAGUUGAUACUCACUCAAAGGUCUUGUCAAUAGCAGAACAACAAUGUGAAGCUCAAUUCACUCAAACUACAUAUCAGAAUGUUACGGGACGAUUCAUCGUUCGUCUUCCUUUUAUAAAUGACAGAUUCGCUUUGGGAGAUUCGAAAGACAUUGCUACAAAUAGAUUUCUAGCACUAGAGCGUAGACUUUCAAAGGAUAGUCACCUCAAACGACAAUACGUAGAGUUUUUAGAUGAAUAUGAAAAAUUGGGACAUAUGACCGAAAUAGAUAUUGAAAGGAUUAUGUCACCACAUUACUUUAUACCACACCAUUGUGUGCUUAAACCUGAUAGUACCACCACCAAGUUACGUGUGGUAUUUGAUGCAUCAUCCAAGACAACUUCAGGACAAUCUCUCAAUGAUUUACUACACAUCGGACCAACUGUUCAAAGUGAAUUACUGUCUAUUUUAUUACGAUUCCGUCUUCCUCGUUAUGUGUUUACAACAGACAUUGAAAAGAUGUACCGACAAAUACUUGUACAUCCAGAAGACAGACAAUGUCAGCUUAUCGUUUGGAGAAAUGAACCAAGUCAACCUAUAAAAUACUUUGAACUCAACACAGUAACAUAUGGUACUAGAUCAGCACCGUAUCUAGCAACCAAAUGUUUGCAAGCUUUAGGUGAUGACAAUAUGCAAAAUUAUCCAUUAGGUGCAUCUGCUCUCAAACAAAACUUCUAUGUAGAUGACUGUUUACACGGGGCAGAUAGUCUGAGAACAUUGUUGGAAACUCAGAGUCAAUUAAACAAAAUACUGACAGCAAGCGGUUUUAAAUUGCGAAAAUGGUGCGCAAAUCAUCCAAGUCUACUACAAGGAAUUCCACACGAUGACUUAGAAGUCAAUUUAGAUUUAGAAAAUAACGAUACAACAAAAACUCUUGGGUUAUCCUGGUGUCCAAAAUCUGAUAGUUUAUGCGUCAAGGUUAAAUUGGAACCUGUUUGCAGCACGACGAAGCGCAGUGCAACCUCAGAUUUAGCAAGGCUAUUUGAUCCACUAGGACUUUUGUCACCAGUUGUGGUGAUGGCAAAGAUCUUUAUUCAAGAAUUAUGGAAUUUAAAGAUGGAUUGGGAUGAAAAACUGCCGACUGAAUUACAUAAACAGUGGUUAGAGUUCCGGAACAAUUUGACGAAAGUAAAUUGUCUGCAGAUAUCUCGUCAUAUUUUCAAGGGUGAAGUUCCUGCCAACAUUCAAUUACACAUCUUUACAGAUGCAUCAGAAAAGGCAUAUGGUGCUGCAGCGUAUAUGCGAUCAACACUUCAGAAUGGUCAAAUUAUUGUACGACUAUUGUGCGCCAAAUCUCGAGUUGCACCUUUGAAAAGGUUGACAUUACCUCGUCUCGAACUUUGUGCAGCUGUAGUUGGCGCAGAACUAGCAAAAAGAAUAAAGAACGAUCUACAAAUAAGAAAUUACCAGACGUUCUUUUGGUGUGAUUCACAAAUAGUGAUAUCAUGGAUCAACUCUCCAUCAUCAAAGUUUCACACUUUCGUUGCAAACCGAGUAAGCAACAUUCAUCAAUUAACAGCCACAAGUCAGUGGCGCCACGUCAGUUCGGAACACAAUCCAGCUGACAUUUUAUCAAGAGGCCUUGCACCCCAUAAACUACAGUCAUCAAGUAUGUGGUUUUAUGGACCUAUGUUCCUGCAUGGUCGGGAAGAACUGUGGCCUUCAAAACCAUCAUCAGCGUUAAAAUCCGAAACCCUCAUUGAUCCUGAAAGGAAGAAGGAAACUCCAGUAUCUACAUUGUCUGUUGUUGAAGGCACAGCAAAUCCUGGAGAGUUCAUAUAUUCAAUAAGACACAACAACUCAUUUGGAAGACUUCAACGGAUAUUAUCGUACAUUUUAAGAUUCGUAAAAAGAAUCAGAAGAAAACAAAAUGAUCAUUCAAGCAAUUUUUUGACUCCAGAUGAUCUAGAUGCAGCACAUCAGGUCAUCAUCAAAGGCAUUCAAUAUGCAGAAUUUAAAAAUGAAAUCAAAAUUAUGAAAUCUGAUGGAAGAAUAAAUAAGUCCAGUGCAUUGGCAUCACUGGCACCUUUUAUUGAUAAUACAAGCAUCAUAAGAGUUGGUGGACGGUUGGAUGCAGCCUCAUUAUCGUAUGACGCCAAACAUCCUAUGUUGUUGCCUUAUAACGACCCCAUUGUCAAAUUAAUAAUGGAACAAGUCCAUAAGAAAUACAUGCACUGUGGUCCGCAGUCUCUCCUAGCUAACAUGCGUCAACGAUACUGGCCAAUUAAGGGCAAAUUGAUGGCAAGGUCAGUAGUACAACAUUGUGUACGUUGUACUAAAGUAAGACCACGAUUUUAUGAACAACUGAUGGGUAAUUUGCCAGCGACAAGAGUACAACCUGGGCGACCAUUCCCCACCACUGGCGUGGACUUUUGCGGACCUUUUUGGAUACAUUACCGAAUCCGAGGCAAGAAACCACACAAGGCAUACAUUGCUGUGUACUGUUGUUUUACAACUAAGGCAGUUCAUCUCGAAGUAGUCAGCGAUUUAACCACAGAUGCAUUCAUCGGAUCGCUGAAACGUUUUGUUGCUCGAAGAGGACACUGUAAAAAUUUGUUUUGUGACAAUGCCACAAAUUUCGUCGGAGCAAGUAAUCAAUUACUUGAACUUGCAGACUCAAUUCAAACAAGUAAGGCACAAGAGAAGAUAAUUAACGAAUGUAAUGAAAGAGGAAUAACAUUUAAAUUUAUACCUCCUCGUGCACCGCACUUCGGUGGACUGUGGGAAGCAGCAGUCAAAUCAGCAAAACACUUAUUGAUACGAAGUACUAAGACGACUUCACUAACAUAUGAGGAACUAGAGACUGUGGUAUUAGAAGUCGAAGCAAUACUGAACUCUCGACCAUUGACACCUAUGUCGAGUAAUCCGAAUGACUUGUCAGCACUAACACCUGGUCAUUUCUUAAUCGGAGAACCACUCACAGCAAUGGCAGAUGCAAAGGCCCAAUCAGGAAAUAUAAAUCUGGUGACAAGGUGGAAAUUAGUUUCUCGCCUCAAAUUGGACUUUUGGGAACGUUGGAAAACCGAGUACCUCACUGAACUACAAUGUCGACACAAAUGGAAAGCAGCCAAUCCAAAUAUAAAAGAAGGUACUCUUGUAAUCAUCAAGGAAGAUAAUGUUCCUACAUUAAAAUGGCCGCUUGGACGUAUUGCAAAGGUAUAUAAGGGAGAUGACGGUCUAGUUCGCGUGGUUGAUGUUAGAAUGGCAUCAGGAACUCUAAGACGUCCUUUGACAAGAUUAGCACCUCUGUUUCCAUCCGAUGAACAAUCUCCUGCUUCUGAUGAACAACUUUCAAAAAGUUUUACAAAAGCGAAUUCGAAAACACCACACGAAGGCACAGAUCAAGACGAGCCACCUAAAAAGAAUUACAAAACCAGCUAA